AUGGAUCAAUACACUUUCGAUUCAGAGAUGUUAGACGACAGCGACGACAUCAAUCACAUCAUUGAAAGAGAAGCAUGGCUGAGGUCGUUUGGCAUGACUCCCUAUACUGUUCCAGGCAACUACGACAUGUCUAUGGUCGAGACGAAGAGAGCUGAGAUUGAAGAGGGGGACAACAUUCACGUCGACAAGCUCCCUCCUUGUGAGAAGACUCCCGGCAAAGUGACCGCCAGCUUCAAGCAGCACCUCAACGCCCUCAAACAGGACUGCCUGACUUCGCCUAACUGGAGAGGUGCUAUCAACCAGGUCCGCCAUGCUAUCGAACAAAGCAGCAUCGAGAAGAUGGUCGUCCUUGCUACAGGCACCAUCUUCAAAUUUACCACCGAGUAUACCUUUUGGCAAUAUGAGAUGGCCUUCAUCCUAGCAAUCUUUGAACUCGCCCAGAACAAAAGAACUCGUACGCCUACGCUCUACUUUCAGGACCCAGACUACUGCGCCGCAGACCAUCUUCUGCUGAGUGAAUUUGGAGGCCAGGUCGUCGAAGAUCCAGAGGCAUUCGUACGCCACAUUGACGAACGCACUCUCGUGUUCGCANAAGUGCUUACCCUUGGUCGUCUACUUCGGAGCCCUUUGCAUACAUCACCUGCAGUCUGCAUCUCGACAGUGAGUCUUCGUCUCCCAAUACUGAGCCGCAUAAGACAAGAACUAAACAAUGUCGCUUUCGAACAGAGCCUUUGGGCAGCUACCGAAGGAGCACUCAAUCUCCAAAGAACAACGCCCAGUAGCUUCGGACCCGACUUCGAUAUCCGCAGUGUCGCCAACAGAUUCAUAGUGAGAAGAAAAAGCGCUGAGCUGGAUCAGUCGAUGCAUCACCUCCACACCAGUAUUCCUGGCAGUGUACACGAUCUCCUUAGCACUAUGUCUGUGUUCUGGUUAGCGUCAGAAGAAGAGGGUGACGUGCGUCAGACAAAGCAGGUGGAACCACUCGGCAAGAAGGCCAAGCAGUGGCUGAAAUCGUUGUGA